AUGGCAUCUCAUAAAUUGUUUUUGGUGUGUUUACUCUUCGCCGCAGUUGUCAUCAACACAGGUUAUACACAGCUCUCGGACGAAUAUAAUAGAGAAGCGCUUUCAUAUGAUACACCAACUGAGACCGUUAAGACGAUAGCACCAGAAGAUAUUCCAAAAUCGCGUCCAAAGCGUGGCGUAUUUUGGGACUUUUUUCAGAAAAUGGUGACGACGAAAAAUUUAUUAGUCGAUCAAUAUGUUGACACAAGAGAUACACUAAGCGAAGUUUAUAAUUUGCUAAAUGAUGGCUUUAGCGAUCCAGCUCCUCGAAAAGCAACUAUAAGACCACAAACGAGUACAGCGAAAACAAGCGAUGAGGAUCAGUCUGGCAGCGCUGAAAUGUCAACCACAACCGAGGCCUACCGCGUGUCACGCUAUGAACUGGGACGCAUUUUGGGCCGAAACUUCCGUGGUUUGCAGCGUUUGACCAAAAUCGAAUUCCAGGAUGCAUUUAAUCAAACGCACUACAACAUACAGGAAUACAAGGAGGAAGCACGCAAGCAAUUCGCAAAUAGCGUUGGCGUGGAUAAAGUGAAUAAGAUUAAAGGCUUAAAAGCAGCUAUAGCUGGCUGAGUUGAAGUUCACAACACACACUUGUACAUAGCAUAUUGUUAAGUAAAGCAUGUAAAUAAGUAUGCACUUGAGUCACAGAAGCUGCGAAAUGUUCAAAUUUGUAAAUACACUAUGUAUUUAUUAUAUUUUAGAAUAUUAUGUUAAAUUGUAAAAAAAUUAAAUUUAUAUCAUAAUUUUAAAUCGAUAAUAGGCAAAUUAGUAGUAGUAGUUGCAUGCUACAUUUUAUAUUUGCCUAUUUUAAUGAAAAAUUGUGCAGACGAUAAGCAUUUUUUGUAAUGUAGGUAGUAGGUGGCAAUUAUUUAUGCUGUGAUAGAAUUUUUUUAAAAAAUACAGAUACGAUAUAAAAAUUAAAUGUA